AUGUCGUCUAUUUUACGUUUGGGAUCGACGGAACAAGUUGAAAUUCCUGGUGGACACAGGUGCGGCCAUCAGCGUGGUACCCUUCAGAACGACCACACCGCUAAACCCACCCUGAUCAAACUACGAGCAGCGAAUGGUUCCGCGAUAGACACGUACGGAGAAAGGACCCUUACUUUGAAUAUCGGCAUGCGACGCGAUUUCUUGGACAUUUACCGUGGCCAACGUGAAGGUACCCAUCCUCGGCGCGGAUUUCCUGGCGCAUUACGCACUGGCGGUCCAUAUGAACCCUCUCUGUCCGAUACGACGACGAAUCUCCGUGUCUUAGGUACCCCCACGUCAAGGCUCCACAGGAAUCAGCGUCGCAACAUGCCAUGGUCGCGAACGUUUUCAAAACCAACAUCUCCUUUCGUCGAGGAACUCCGCCACAAAAUGGCCCGGCUUAAAUAUGCAACUCCACGACAGCAACCGGUGAAUUCGUACAUCCCUCAACACUUGCGAGAUUGCAAAUUCGUUUUCGUACGGAACGACGCCGUUCUUCGACGCACCGACAAGCACCUUACGAUCAAGCGCGCUAACUCGACCGACACCAUCGCAAUCGAUCGGACCAAGCCUGCUUUUCUGGAGAAGCGACAGUAUGACGCAAACCCGGCUCUGCGGCCCCCUAAUGCUAUUCCAGCGCACCCAUCAGACGCAGCACCGCAGACAUCAAACGACACCCCAGCGACUCCUGUGCGGCAGACCCGAUCCGGUAGGAGGGUCACUUUCCCUAAAGACCUUCGUAAAUAUUAUUAUUAA